GACUGAUUCAUUUAUAUUUGAUACGUUUUGUAUUGCAUUUUGGGAGAUGUGGUUUACUACUACUCUAGGCGGAGCUCAGUCAUGAUGAAACUUGGACCAACAAAUACCUCUGGAGACGUGGUAGCAAGAAUAAUUAAUCUAGCUAGAUUAAUAUAUCUAUGAUGUGUGAAAAUGUCAGCUCAAUGUAGUAAAUGAUGAUCGAGGAAGAACACGAGAAGAAAAACCAUACUGUAUUUGGGAGAAAAACAACUACAUGGGUCGCAAUUGGAAGUAAUCGAGGAAGGCUUCCAGUCGACGACUCUGCUCAUAACAUUGAGAUCAGUUUUUUGGGCCAUAUCAAGACUUUCUGAGGAAUUGCACGGACGUUUGCAGUGAAAUUGCUUUUCUUCUCAAGCCAAAAAGUGUGGACCCGACGCCAUAAUAUUAUUUUCUUACGGAUCGUAGACUCAUAUUGGCAGGCAUGCCAGAGUCUUUGGUGACAUGCGGUUUUGUGCCAUUAGCUUAAAUUGGCUAGCUAGCUAUUGUUUUCCUUUCGCGAACUGCUCUGUUUUGCCAAGCACAUUUAGUAAUAUAUUAUUCCAGAAAUGCAACAGGAGUCGACUGCAGUUUGCUAACUACAUGAGUAUUUCCAAAAUAAUAGAAGAGUGGACUUUCACUUUGCAUGGGCAUUACUUUAUCUACAAAGUAACGUUGCAACUUGGCAAUAAUAGCUAGCUCGUUUAACUUUACUUGCUAGUGUGGUUUGGCUAGUUUGACUGCUCUCAAAUGAUUACGCUAACGCGUUCAAUGUUGGCUACUUACGUUACUACAGCAAACACCUUGGUACAGUAAGCUAGCUAGUUUUUCGAAUUGGCUGGUUGGCAGUGCUGUUCAAUGUCAAACUGGAGGAGAACCUAUCCAUCUUAUUCGAAGGCUUUUGGGAAACACCAUUUUUUAUUUGUACGAACAACACAUUUGCCCCUUUUGCCACAAUGUUCAAGCUUUGUUUUCAGAGAACUCUAGGAUACACCGUCUCAGCAAGAGCAGUGCUGGAAAGUGUCACUGCCGGAAAGGUUUUGAAGGUGUCCCACGUGCAAAGCUGUUGGAUGGGAACGCUCGGACUCAACGAGCAGCGGGAGCACCUGAACUCUCCAAAAAGAGCAAAAGAAUUCAUCUACAGCCUUCACCCCAAAGAAAGAACAUGUUUACUCAAAGAACUGCAGAGCUUUGAGUCCAUAGCAAUAGCACAAGAGACGCAAGAGACUUCACCGCUUACUCAAGCUCAGAUCAGAUACGUGCUCCUACACAAUGCAAUCCCCUUCAUUGGUUUUGGCUUCCUGGACAAUGCCAUCAUGAUUGCGGCAGGAACCCAGAUUGAGUUGUCUAUAGGGGUCACCUUUGGACUAUCGACCAUGGCAGCUGCAGCGCUUGGGAAUCUGGUUUCAGACCUGGCUGGCCUUGGUCUUGCAGGAUAUGUGGAAAUCCUAGCUUCCAGGCUAGGGAUGCAGGUUCCUGACUUGACCCCCAAGCAGGCAGACAUGUGGCAGACCAGGGUUAGCUCGCACAUGGGAAAAGGCAUUGGAGUCACAAUCGGAUGCAUUCUCGGAAUGUUCCCCCUGCUAUUCCUUGGGGAUGAUGAAGAUGAGCACAAGAAAAAAGAAGCACAAACAAACACCCCAAACUCUUAACAGCAUGUAAACUAUUUUUUUGGUCUCGAGUCAAUUGCAACAAGCAUCAGCAGCAUGAUUUUAGUUGAUUUCUAUCUCUGAAAACCUUCUCUAUUUCAUUAUACAUGCCAUUUACCAGACGCUUUUAUCCAGUGACUUAGUCAUGGGUGCAUACAUUUUACGUACGGAUGGUCCCGGUAAUCAAACCCACUAUUCUGGCACUGCAAGCGCCAUGCUCUACCAUCUGAGCUACCAGAUAAUACAUUUUCAGAAGAUUAUGAGCCAUUAGGCUUAUAAAAGUAGUUGCAUUUGAUGGCAAGGUAUUUUGUUGAUGAGUUGAACAUUUGUUUGAGAUUAAGUUAAACCAAUGUACACUACCGGUUGAAAGUUUUUGGAACACCUACUCAUUCAAGGGUUUUUAUUAAAUGUUUUACUAUUUUCUACAUUGUAGAAUAAUAGUGAAGACAAACUAUGAAAUAACACAUAUGGAAUCAUGUGGUAACCAAACGUGUGUUAUAUAUUUUACAUUUGAGAUUCUUCAAAGUAGCCACCCUUUGCCUUGAUGACAGCUUUGCACACUCUUGGCAUUCUCAAUCAACUUCAGUCUCGAAGGAGUUCCCACAUGUGCUGAGCACUUGUUGGCUGCUUUUCCGUCACUCUGCAGUCCGACUCAUCCCAAACCAUCUCAAUGUGGUUUAGGUCGGGGGAUUGUGGAGGCCUGGUCAUCUGAUGCAGCACCACAUCACUCUCGUUCUUGGUCAAAUAACCCUUACACAGCCUAGAGGUGUGUUGGGUCAUUGUCCUGUUGGAAAAACAAAUGAUAGUCCCACUAAGCCCAAACCAGAUGGAAUGGCGUAUCGCUGUGGUAGCCAUGCUGAUUUAGUGUGCCUUGAAUUGUAAAUAAAUCAAAUCAAAUUUUAUUUGUCACAUACACAUGGUUAGCAGAUGUUAAUGCGAGUGUAGCGAAAUGCUUGUGCUUCUGGUUCCGACAAUGCAGUAAUAACCAACAAUUCCAAAACGAAUUUCUUACACACAGUGUAAGGGGUUAAAGAAUAUGUACAUAAAGAUAUGAAUGAGUGAUGGUGCAGAGCAGCAUAGGCAAGAUACAGUAGAUGGUAUCGAGUACAGUAUAUACAUAUGAGAUGAGUAUGUAAACAAAGUGGCAUAGUUAAAGUGGCUAGUGAUACAUGUAUUACAUAAGGAUGCAGUAGAUGAUAGAGUACAGUAUAUACGUAUACAUAUGAGAUGAAUAAUGUAGGGUAUGUAAACAUUAUACUAGGUAGCAUUGUUUAAAGUGGCUAGUGAUAUUUUACAUAAUUUCCCAUCAAUUCCCAUUAUUAAAGUGGCUGGAGUUGAGACAGUGUGUUGGCAGCAGCCACUCAAUGUUAGUGGUUGCUGUUUAACUUCUUGAAACUCCCCAUCCCGGAUCCGGGUUUGUGACUAAAGCCUCAGGCUCAUUAGCAUAACGCAACAUUAACGAUUUCUGAAAAUCGCAAAUAAAAUGAAAAUAAUGCGUCUGCUCUCAAGCUUAGCCUUUUCUUAACAACACUGUCAUCUCAGAUUUUCAAAAUAUGCUUUUGAACCAUAGAA